CACACACACACACACACACACAGCGAAUAAACCAGAGUUUCAUUUCUCUUUUUUGUGAACUGAGUUAAAGUGAAGCUGUGACAGCAGCUCAGUUGCAGCAGCAGCAGGUCUCUGGUGAUUGAUCGGUUCAGUUUGGAUCACUGAGGAGAUGAGGAGCUCGGUGCUGCUUGGUCUGCUCCUGCUGCACCUGUCCGUCACCUCCACACAGGUGCGACACUGGGAAGAGGACUACAAAUAUGGCCGCCAAGACUCAGAGCUGCCGGAGAAGAAGACCUGCUGCUCCUGGAAAUGUCUCCUGUUCACCCUGCAGUGGCCCGGAGGGUUCUGUCAGUCCCUGACAGAAGAGACUCUGUGCAAGAUUCCAGAGAGCAUCAACAACUGGACGAUCCACGGCCUGUGGCCUCUUAAGGCACAACAAUGCUGCAACUGCUGGCCGAUGUUCCAGUCGGAUGUCCAGGAGCUGGAGGCAGAGCUGAAUGAACACUGGCCAUCCCUGAUUACAAGCAAAUCCAGCUUCCACUUCUGGAGAGACGAGUGGAAUAAACAUGGAGUGUGUGCAGCCUGUGUUGAAGGGAUGAACUCUCCGCCCAGAUACUUCCAGAUGUGCCUCAAACUACGAGGACAGUUCAACAUCCACAAACUGCUGGAGGACGCUGGCAUCACUCCGUCCUGUGAACGACCCUACAAGGUUGAUGAAGUGCGCAGCGUCCUGGCUCCACACCUGGGUGACAAAUACGAGAUCCAGUGUGUAACAGACGACAAGGAGAGGGAGGUUUGGUUCCAGCUGAAGAUCCUUCUGUCUCACAACCUGACCCUCGGCUGCGAUCACCACCACGACACCGAUUGGGACACGGCGUCCAGCUUUAAACCGAAACCGAGCCCGACUCAUCACGGACACCCCUGUCCUCCUCAAGUCCCUUUCUACUACUUCCCCAUAGACCACCAGCAGCCCCAGCAGCCCUGUGGCUAAUCGGACGUCGGGCCACCUGAGAAACCUCCAGCUUCUUAUCAUCGUCAGAGUAAUAGCACUUAUUGGAUGAGUUCCUUUCAAGCACAAGCCUACCUCUGAUUUUUUAUCAGCUCAAUAAAUAAAUAAAAUACAUUUAAAGGCUUUAAA